CCCCCGUUGUGGUCCACUUUCCCCCGUGGUCUUUGCUUCUUCCUUCCGUACUCCCCUCAUACUCACCACACUUAAGUGACACUGUCGUGAGAUACUGCGAACAUGGCUGCUACCGGGUCAUUCCGUGUGGUGUCGGAGGAGGAGCAGGCCAUGAGAUCCAAGCUGGAGCACUUGACAGUGAAGGAUCACGGGCCCGUGUUUGGUCCAUGUCACAAAAUGCCAGGCCACACUGCACAAAAGGCUAAAGACGAGCUGAAUGAGACUGAGGAGAGGAGGGUGCUGUCCCUCAAGGACCUGCGGGCCGUGAUGAAGGAUAGGGCAGCCGAGGGGGACGACCUAGCCAAGCUGGUGCUGGAGCGUUUCGGAGACAAGCCCGACUCUCUUCUCCUUCGUUUCCUCCGUGCCCGCAAGUUUGAUGUUGUCAGAGCUCACGAACUCAUGAAGGGUUACGUACGCUUCAGAAAGGAGUACCCAGAGUUGUUUGAGAACCUGACACCCGAAGCGGUUCGCAGCACCAUCGAGGCAGGAUACCCUGUGGUUCUGCCCAGCAGGGACAGGUACGGCCAUGUAGUCCUGCUCUUCAACAUUGAGAACUGGGAUCUGGAGGAGAUCACCUUUGAUGAGAUUUUAAGAGCAUACUGUGUGAUUUUGGAGAAGUUGCUUGAGAACGAAGAGACCCAGAUCAAUGGCUUCGUCCUGAUCGAGAAUUUUAAGGGCUUCACUAUGCAACACGCUUCAGGAAUUAAGCCGGCUGAGCUCAAGAAGAUGGUGGACAUGCUGCAGGAUUCGUUCCCUGCUCGCUUCAAGGCGGUCCACGUCACCCACCAGCCCUGGUACUUCACCACGACAUACAAUGUGGUGAAGCCUUUCAUGAAGAGCAAGCUGCUGGAAAGGGUGUUUGUUCACGGGGACGAGCUGGACAACUACUUGAAAGAAUUUGACGCCGACAUCCUUCCUGUAGAUUUUGACGGGAAAGCUUGUGUGGCAGAUUGCCAGGCCAUCGCUACAAGGCUCUUUGGCUCCGAGGACACGGCUCUUUGAAUCGUCAGCAGAGAUUAGACAUACACACUCUGAUUUGAAGCUAGAGAGUCAACUGUUUUUUUUUUUAAUCUGUAAAGCAGAUACAUAACAAAGUGUGUAUUUAGAAUUAGAAAUUAGUUAAAGGUCGCACUUGAUAUGGGUGUUUAUUGUAGAUAUUGCAGAGUUGUUUUGGAUGUGCAGCUAUUUUUGUUUACCAUUCAAAUGAAGGUGGUGCGUUUGGGGUUCAUGUUUUAGAAUUUGAAGAACUUGUGCUAGACAGUAAAAGGAGUGGUUGAUGUAUAACGUAGGAGAAUUUGAGGGAGGAAAGAAGGGUUAAAAAGUCAUUAUAGACAAACCUGCUUCAUUCAUUCAUUCAUAUAUAUGAGCAUAAUCUCUAGGGCCUCUAGUCUCGUUACUCUAAAGACAUAUUGUAACAAUUAGAAAGUACUACAAAUUACCUCUUUGUAAUUUGCAGU